CCCGCCACUGCCGCCGCCUCCCCGGAGCCUGCGGGCGGCGCCGAGGCCGAGGAGCGCUCGCUGCAGCGCAUGCUGCGCGCCAUAGCCGAGGAGCGCGGCCGCCUCAGCCUGCGCCGUGAGGUCUGCGGCCUCGGGUGCUUCAAGGAUGACCGCAUCGUCUUCUGGACUUGGAUGUUCUCUACCUACUUCAUGGAGAAAUGGGCGCCGCGGCAGGACGACAUGCUUUUCUACGUGCGCCGGAAGCUGGCGUACCCGGGCGGCGAGGGCAGUGUGGACGGGAGGAAGCCGGCCGAGGCGGAGCCCGAGGUGGAGGUGGAGGUCUACCGGCGUGACUCCAAGAAGCUGCCGGGCCUCGGAGACCCUGACAUUGACUGGGAGGAGAGCGUCUGCCUGAACCUCAUCCUGCAGAAGCUGGACUACAUGGUGACCUGUGCCGUGUGCACACGCACUGAUGGGGGGGACAUCCACAUCCACAAGAAGAAAUCCCAGCAAGUGUUUGCGUCCCCCAGUAAACACCCCAUGGACAGCAAGGGGGAAGAAUCCAAGAUCAGCUACCCCAACAUCUUCUUCAUGAUCGACAGCUUUGAGGAGGUGUUCAGCGACAUGACGGUGGGGGAGGGAGAGAUGGUCUGCGUGGAGCUGGUGGCCAGUGACAAAACCAACCUGUUCCAAGGGGUCAUCUUUCAGGGCUCCAUCCGCUACGAGGCACUCAAGAAGGUGUACGACAACCGAGUGAGCGUGGCCGCCCGCAUGGCACAGAAGAUGUCCUUCGGCUUCUACAAGUACAACAACAUGGAGUUUGUGCGCAUGAAGGGGCCCCAGGGCAAGGGCCACGCGGAGAUGGCAGUCAGCCGUGUGUCUACCGGGGACACGUCUCCCUGCGGGACUGAAGAGGAUUCCAGCCCGGCUUCACCCAUGCAUGAGCGGGUGACCUCCUUUAGCACGCCCCCCACCCCGGAGCGCAACAACCGGCCGGCCUUCUUCUCCCCGUCCCUUAAGAGGAAGGUGCCCCGGAACCGGAUCGCUGAGAUGAAGAAGUCUCACUCAGCCAAUGACAGUGAGGAGUUCUUCCGCGAGGACAACGGCGGGGCGGAUCUGCACAAUGCCACCAACCUGCGGUCUCGGUCCCUGUCCGGCACAGGGCGGUCCCUGGUUGGGUCCUGGCUGAAGCUGAACAGAGCAGAUGGAAAUUUCCUUCUCUAUGCACACUUGACCUAUGUCACUUUGCCGCUGCAUCGGAUUUUAACAGACAUCCUGGAAGUACGGCAGAAGCCCAUCCUGAUGACCUAGCCGUGUGCAGAGCCUGCGCAGAGCCCCCCAGCCCUGCCCGGCCCUGGGGGUGCUGCCAAGUGCCUACCUGCCCACCGCCACCGGGGUCUUCUGUGACAACCGGGGUCUUCUGUGACAACCGGGGUCUUCUGUGACAACCCAGCGCCGGGGCCGCAGCCAGGCGGGGCCGCCCGACUCCUGGGGCCGGGGCCGACUCCAGAACACCAGCCC